AUGCUCAGAUCCAUUCAGCCUCCCCCUCCCACUGCUCCCACUGGUCCCACUGGCGCUCGAGUGAUGGCGGUGCAACGGAAGGGCAGAGAGGGAAGAAUGGGCGUGGAUGAGAUGGUAGCGCUGCUGCAGCAGCAAUGGCAGAACUGGCUGGCUCGCAGCAGCAGCAGCAGCAACGUCCGUCGCAGACACACGACGAGGAGAAGCAGAAUCAGCAAGAGCUGGGACGAGGAGGGUAUGGUUAUCGGAAAUACUCACUGGGACGAGGAGAGCACAGGCAGCGGCAGCAGUCACCGUGCAGGUCCUUUCCAGGCGGUGCAGAAGCCGCAAGGGAGGGGGGUGACGGCGUAUCAUGUGAGCGAGGUGCUGAAGGCUCUGUGGGACGCUGACGCGGGUCUGGCGUUGUUCCGGUGGGCCAAGGAUGUGCAGGGAGUGAAGCCGGACGCGCAUGUGUACUCGAGCCUCUUUGGGCUGCUGGGGCGAUUGAAGAACGCUGAGGGACUGGAGGGGUUGGAGGAGGAGAUGAGGGAGGAUGGGUGCGGGGAGAACGUGAUCACGCUGCAGGCGUUGGCUGCUGCGUACUCGCGUGCGGGGAGGUAUGAGGAGGCGCUAGUGACGCUGGCUGAGAUACAGCAGAAGGAUGAUUCGCUCAGCCCGUUUUCUUUUGGCGUGCGUGUGGAUGUGCUAUACCGCAUGGGGCGCUACCGGGACGUGAUAAAGACCUUUCACAUGAUGCGGGAAGCCGGCUAUGCCCCGGACGCCUUCGUCUACAGCACCGUGCUCACCUGCUACGGGCGCCUGGGGAACAUCAUUGGCGCAGAGCUGGCUUUCAGAGAGAUGCUCUCUCAGGGGAUGCCGCUCAGUGUGUUCUGCGCCAAUAGCCUCAUGGAUGGGUAUGGCCGCGCGGGGUGGGUCGAUGAUGCCAUGGCUGUGUUUGACCGCAUGUGCCUCGCUGCUGUUGCUGCCAGGGGUAGCGAAGGGAGAGAAGGUGAUCAGGAGGGGGUGCCUGGUGCUGCUGGUGCUGGUGCUGGUGCUGGUGCUGGUGCUGGUGCUGGUGCUGGUGCUGGUGCUGUAGCUGCUGUUGCUCCUGAUGCAUCUGGGAGGGCUUUUUUGAAGGCCACAAAUGGCUUGAAAGUUUCUGCUUCUUUUCCUGGAGCGGCAACAGCAGCAGCAGGAGCAAGAGCUACUUGCACCAACGCUGCUGCUGCCGAAGUGGUGAUAGCUGCACCAGCGCACCAUCUCACCGCCACCUCCACCACCACCACCACCACCACCACCACCUCCCGUCCUUCCCCUUCCUCCAUCUGGCCGGGCCCCGACAUAAGCACGUACAGCCUGGCCAUCCACCUCCUCAGCACAGCAGGCAGGUUAUCCGAAGCAGAAGCGACGUUUGAAGCGAUGAUGGUGGCGGGCAUAGAACCAGACAUAGUAGCAUGGUCCACCAUGGUGCAGAUGUGGGCCAAGGAGGCGAAUCCCGAGAGGGCGGCGAUGUGGUUCAGGCGCAUGGCGCUGGCGGGGUGCCGGCCGGAAACCCCGGCGUACAACUCACUCAUUUGGGCGUUUGUGAGCCGCCGCAUGUUUGACGAAGCUGGGGAGGUGCUGAGUGCACUCAAACACGGGUGGGACCUGUUGGGGCCAGGGGAGGGGCAGGACGAGAAUCAAAUCGGUAUUGGUUCAGCUUAUAAGAGGCCCGACAGAACUGGUGGGCAAGUGGAAAGAAGUGGGAGUGAAGGGGCUGCAAAGGUGGCGGAUAAAAGAUGCGAUUCCUCGUCUGGCCUUGCCCCCAACCUCAUGACAUACACCAUGCUGCUGAGCGCCUGCACCGUGUCCAACGACCGCAGCGAGGUGAUGCAGCUCAUGCGCCUCAUGCUGGCCACAGAGCAUCCCGCCCACUCCAUCUUCCAGCUUCUCACAGAGGAUUCGUUUGAGUUGACUCCCAAGACGGUCGAUUCCUUUGAACUGUCUCCCGAGACGGUGGAUUCAUCUGAGUUGACUUCCAAGGUGGCGGUUAAGGAGGCUGGGAAUGGCGUGGAGGGUGACAGGACGUGGGAAGAAAAGGAAAAGGGAACUGCUGAAACGAGAGGGGGUGAGGGGGCAAGGGAGGAGGGUGGUGAUAAGGAAGUGGGGAGGGACGGGGUUGGAGGGGUAACGGUGAGAGGACUGCUGGAGAGGUGUGAGGAGUGGUGGAAUGGGGUGGUGGGUGGGGAUGUUGGGAGUGGUUUGGAGGGUGAAGGUUUGAGGCUAGCAAGGAAAGUGGAACGCGGUGACACGAGGAGAUGGGGAGGGGGAGAAAGUGAGGAGGGUGGUGAUAGAGCGGUAGUUAGGUGUGCAAUUGCAGGGGUGCUGGAGAGGGGAUUGGUGGAUUUGGAGGUUAGGGAAGUGUGGAGGGAGUGUGAGGAGGAGCGGUGGAGGGAGAUAGAGAGGAGGAUGAGGGAAGAUUCCUUCAGCAAGGCGGAUAUGGAGUGCCAGCGUGCCUUUGCUGACUCAUCCAUCUCCUUCUUGCAUAAAUUUGGGCGGCACGAUAGGGCAGCCCGCAUGUGGGACCUGUGUUACACACAGCUGCAGCUGUACCCAAACAGUGUUCGGCUGCCUGCGAUUUACGGGCGGCAUGGAAGGUGUUCGGUGGAUCUGCAUGGCAUGUCGGCAGGGACAGCGGUGACAGUUACCCGAUGGGCGUUGGAGAAGAUGCGGCAGGCUGUGGUGGCCUCCACUGCUUCAGGUAAUUCUUCAGGUGCUUUUGAUUCGUCGCUGGGAGCAUCGAAGUCGACAGUCGCAGGAGAAACUGAUUUCAUGGUGGGGGAUUCAGAAGAGAAAUCAGAGGAUGAUGAAGAGGAAGUCACAUCAAGUAGUGUGGAGGCAGCAGGAGCAUCCACGGGCGAAUUACAGCUGCAGUGGCGGCGGCCGGGGAAGGUGGAGGUGGUGACGGGGUGGGGCAAGCGCAGCCGGGUGCAGGGGGCGUCGCUGGUGAAGGCAGCGGUGGAGUCACUGCUGCUGAGGGACCUCACAGCGCCCUUCUCCCUCCACCGCUUCCACCCCGGCUCCUACGAGGUCCCCGGUGCUGACCUCGAGCAAUGGCUCCUCACGCCAGGUGUCGAGCAGUUAUUGGCUCCCCGAGACCACGACUGA